AUGACAACAUCAAUAGAUCCAAGUGUGGAUGAAUUGUUAUUAUUACAAGAAAAUCAAUAUCCUAUACCAAAUUUUGUUUUUGCAAAUCUUAAACCAAUUGGAGCAGAACGUAAGAUUGGACAACCAUCAAAUACAUCAACUCAAAUGAAAUCAUCAUUAUUAUCAUUACAACGAAUGAAUAUGGAUUUUACUUCGAGAAAUAUAGAAGAAAAUAAUAAUUCUUUUGAGAUUCCAACAUUUAAUUCAUCUAUUAAAUCAUCAACAAUGUCUAUUUAUGAUAAUUUUCGUUUUUCUUCAAUUGAUGAACCAAUAAUUCAUAAAACAAAUAAUGAUUUAGAAUUAUUAACUUAUCAUCCAUUUUAUAAUCAUUCAUCAACAAAUAAUAGUUCAACAACACAUUUAAUGGGCAAUUAUAAUUAUCCACAGCAAAUAUCAUCAUCAUCAUCAUCAUCAUCAUCAAUUGUUCAACAAAAACUUAAUCAAUCAAUUUCAACUCAAAUACAAACAAAAAAAACAAUACCAUCAUUUCGUAUUCCACAAACUUAUCCAACUAAUCAAUUUUUUAUUCCAAAUUCAUGUCAACCAUAUUCUAGAAAUUCAUUAAUCAAUGUUUAUCAACAAUCACGACCUGUAUUCAGUACUCCAUUUCAAUGUACACGAGAACGUUUUCAAGUUAAUUCAAUUGGUCGUCCAAUUUUACGAACUAAUAAUUAUACACGUUUAUCACAAGCAACUAAUUUUAAAAUUCGACGAUAA